GAACUGUCAAACGUUUUUCUUCAUUUACACAAUUUCCAAAUAAUGAAAUGCACAAAUUUCGGAGUAUUAAAGAUUUUAUUGCUGGUGUGGUGGUUGGUGGUGUCCGCAUGGAGCGAGAGUAUGGGCCGCGUGAAGCGGCUGUCCUUGCCAGACUUUAACAAGGACACCCUGAGCCUGGCCAAAUACGUGGUCUCCAUUCGAUCUAGGACCCCCGUGCGAUACUUUGGCGAUGACCACUUCUGCGGCGGGGGCCUUUUGACGCCGGAUUGGGUGCUGACCUCCGCUCACUGCAUCAUGGACGAAUCGAAGACCAUGUUCAAGACGCGGGUGCUGCUGGUGGUGGCGGGGUCACCGAAUCGGCUAAAGUUCGUCACGGGCAAGACGGUCUGCAGCCCGGUGAAGGCGCUGUACGUGCCACGCAACUUUACCAUGCUGAACACGGACAACAUGGCGAUGGUGCGUCUGAUGUAUUCAAUGCCCACUGGGAAUCCCCGCAUCGGAUUCCUAGAGCUGCCCUCUGCCCCGCCCCAGUUUGACUCCAAGUACAUAGUUCUGGGCUGGGGCAGAAUAUACGAGGGCGGUCCCUUGGCCUCGAACAUACUGCAGAUCGAUGUGCUGCUGAAGGAACUAGCGUACUGCCAGAAAAAGCUAAAGACCUUCAAAUACGGCAUGAUGUGCGGCAGCAACGAGGGCAACGACUCCAACCCCUGCUCCGGGGACCUCGGCGGCCCGUUGAUAAAAGGCAACACAAUGUUUGGCAUCGUCACCUAUCCCAUUGGGUGUGGAUCCCCAGAGACACCUUCCGUCUACACGGAUGUUCAGAGCAACCUUGACUGGAUACGAGACACGAUGAGCAGCUGCUCCAGCCAGCCCCUGAUUUCGAUAUUAACGCUCUUGCUCUCGCAGUCAGUCGCUUGCAUGUCAUGGCAGUAGCUGGCUCGAUGCAAAUAGAGAACAUCUCUGGCCUAUGCGGUUUCAA